AUGGAAUGGCUGUCAGUGCAACAGCCUGUCACUCAUGUCAGGAAAUACGAAACCCGCUUGCUGUUGGGUAACAGCAGGCCAAUGUGUUACUUUCCAAAUGCGUGUGUUCUACGGAUUUGUACAGAUUUCAAGAAAACAAAGACAAAAGUGUCUUACAGAAAAGAUGGCAACAUCCUGUGUUUGUUUUCGGGUGCAGAAAAAAGGGGACAGAAAGGAGCAAUUGAAAAGGAUUCAGGGUUAAGAUUCCACUAUGUGGCUGCCGGAGAAAGGGGUAAACCACUUAUGCUGCUGCUUCACGGCUUUCCAGAAUUCUGGUAUUCUUGGCGCCAUCAGUUGCGGGAAUUCAAAAGUGAAUAUCGAGUGGUGGCCCUGGAUUUGAGAGGUUAUGGAGAAACAGAUGCUCCUUCUCACAAAGAAAAUUACAAGUUAGAUUGCCUGAUAACAGACAUAAAGGAUAUUCUGGAAUCUCUAGGAUACAACAAGUGUGUGUUGAUUGGCCAUGACUGGGGAGGAAUGAUCGCUUGGUUGGUGGCUAUAUGUUACCCUGAAAUGGUGACUAAGCUGAUUGUGGUUAAUUUCCCUCAUCCUUCUGUGUUUACAGAAUACAUUCUACGACAUCCAUCACAAUUGAUUAAAUCUGGUUACUACUUCUUUUUCCAAAUGCCAUGGUUUCCUGAAUUCAUGUUUACAGUAAAUGAUUUCAAGGUUCUGAAAAAUUUAUUUACCAGCCAAGCCACUGGAAUUGGAAGGAAAGGCUGCAGAUUAACAGCAGCGGAUAUUGAAGCUUAUGUCUAUGUCUUUUCACAACCUGGAGCAUUAACUGGACCCAUUAACCAUUACAGAAAUAUUUUCAGCUGUCUACCUCUGCAGCACCAUGAAAUCAUCAUGCCAACCCUGCUGUUAUGGGGAGAAAGAGAUGCGUUUAUGGAAGUUGAGAUGGCAGAAAUCACACGGAUUUAUGUUAAAAAUCAUUUCAGAUUAACUAUUCUGUCUGAAGCCAGUCAUUGGCUCCAGCAGGAUCAACCUGACAUAGUGAACAAGUUGAUAUGGACCUUUCUAAAAGAAGAGACAACAAGAAAAAGAGAAUGACUGUUUGUAAUUGUUUUAAGGGGUCUACAUAAAAGCUUUUCAGAUUUAAAAACUAUUGUUAUCAGGGCCAUAUUUCCAGCCUGCCUUCUAUUUUGAGCUCUGUUAGAGAAAAGUGUUUCCAAUGUAUUCUGCAUUUGGACACCAGUGUUUCUGCUAAAAGAAGAAGUAUGAGAAUAUGUGAUACCAACAUUGGUUUUACCUGUAUACUUGUAUUUUGCACAUAAAAACACCUGCCUUAAGAUAUGUAUGUAUUUGUACAGAAAGAAAAUAAUGGAAAGUUGCUUGGUUUUGUUUUCUCCUUGCUUUACAGUUUUAAUGUGUGGUGCCUUUUACAAAUUUAUAAUGAAACAAUAGAGUGGUGCCAUACUGAAGGAAGUAAUGAGUUUUCAUUCUAGAUUCACCUGAAUUUUUUUUAAUGUAUUUUACCAUUCAACAGUAACUAACUCUUUUUAUUAUCUAUAUUUUAGCAUACUGAAUGACUGAAAAAUUUCUGGGCACAUUUCUAGUCUUCAAGUGAAUAAUGAUCCACACCUUACUGUAUUGUUGAAUGCAACUGCUUUGUGCAAUGUGUUUUUCUUCUGUGACUAAAAAAUGGGAAACCUGUACACUCUACAUGUCUGAACAAGAAGAAUGGAAAAUAAAGAUAUAAUAUGUAUCAAAUCCACCUCUGUGUAAUAAAAUGCAACUUAACACU